UGGUGCGCCGGCCCAUGUCGCCCGCGCGGCUGCCUCCCAGCCCGGGGCCCUACCUGCCCUGUCCGAGGCCGCGGCCGCGCUGGGCCAGCCCGGGGCCCCUGCCCUACAGGAUGCCGCCGCAGAGCCCCUCGCCAGUGAUGUGUGCGUCGCCGGAGUACCUGUACGCGUUCCCGCCGCCGCCGCCUCCGGGCUACGACAUGAUGGGCUACGUGCCGCUGGAGCCCCCGGGGCCCCCGGAGGACCCGGCGGCGCAGACCGCCGCCAUCAUCGCCAGUCAGUCGCAGGACUACGUCGACGAGAAGCUCGCAGAGUACCAGGCCACCAUACAGCAGCUGCAAGGUAAGAUUCCAGUUCACCACAUUUGAGUGGGAGUGGUAAGUAGAGCCAAAUAUUUACAGCUACUUUCCGCAAUGCUGACUGUAAUUUAUUUCUGGCGCUGA